ACAAGUGUCUACGAAAUGUAUGACAAGAAGAGAAAGGCCUCUGAAGAAAGGAAACAAGACCAGAGUGUUUUUGAGUGUUAAAAGCACAGGUUGGGCUUCCCACUGAUGCCUCAGUCGCGAAGUUUCUACACGACAGAAAGCUUCCAGAGCUGCAGCUUCUCUCCUACUACCACUGAUGAAGAAGAGACGGGACGAAGCAGAGGUCUGCACAAGGCAGCUCCACACACCCACCAACAUCCUCCUCCUCUCUCUGGCUGUCUCAGACCUUCUAGUGGGCCUCGUGCUGAUGCCGGUACAAAUUUUCAACAGAACAUCCUGCUGGUUUUUUGGUGACUUUGUGUGUGCUAUGUAUAAUCUUAUUUCCAUCAUCAUUACCUCAGCCUCAAUAGGUGACAUAGUUCUCAUAUCAGUUGACCGUUAUGUGGCUAUUUGUUACCCUCUGCAUUACACUACUAAAGUCACUGCAAGAAGAGUUAAAUUCUGUGUUUGUCUGUGUUGGCUCUGUUCUUUUACCUACAGCCUUCUCUAUGUAAAGGAUCUUCCGACUCAACCAGGGAGUUAUAAAUACUGCUACGGAGCAUGUGGUCUGUCCCCUGAUAACGGCUCACUGCUUUUUGAUCUUUUUCUUAACUUCAUUGUUCCAGUUACUGUCAUCAUAGCUCUAUAUCUGAGAAUAUUUGCCGUGGCUGUGUCUCAGGCUCGUGCCAUGCGCUCUCACAUUACAGCUGUCACACUCCAGCAUUCAGUGACUCCAAAGGCAAAGAAAUCAGAGCUGAAAGCAGCCAGGAAGCUUGGUGUUCUUGUACUUGUUUUUCUAUUGUGUGUAUGCCCGUUAUACAUCAUAACAUGGGUAGAUUACAACUUGACUAUGGCUUCACUUCAAGACUUUUCAGUCAUUCUGUUUUUGUCUAACUCUUGUCUAAACCCUGUGAUCUAUGCCUUCUUGUACCCCUGGUUUAGAAAAGCAGUUAAACUCAUUGUAACUCUUCAGAUACUGCAGCCUGGCUCCUCUGAGACCAACAUGCUGUAG